UGGAGCGCGAGACUCUAUUCAAGAACCCAAGUUCGACUAACUUCGGAGUGCCAGCUUUACAAGAAAUUACGGCGCCUCAUAUCGAAUCUUUUAAUGCAUUGUUUGGUCACAAAGGAGAUAAAGGAGGAAUAUUACAAGCAGCAAUUAACGAUCUACAGCCAAUGUAUGUAUACGACAAGCUCGAAGAGACGGAGACGGAGACGUCGAGAGCCAGUUUCGUAAAAUUUUGGAUCGACAAGAUAACAAUUCUUCGACCAAUGAUAUCCGAAAAUAAUGUAUAUGCUCGAGAAAAAAAUUUAUUUCCGUCCGAGUGCCGUGAAAGAUUAAUCACUUAUCAAGGACGCAUGGAAGUGCGUCUUAAUUGGACAAUUAACGACGGAAUUCCAAUUUCAGAAAAUAUAUUUGUGGGAAACAUACCAAUAAUGGUUAAAUCCGCUCGAUGUAAUAUAGCAGACUUUUACCCAAAAGAUUUGAUUCGUCAUCACGAAGAAGCAGAAGAAAUGGGCGGAUAUUUUAUCAUCAAUGGGAUCGAAAAAAUUAUUCGUCUUUUGCUGGUACCGCGUCGUAAUUAUGUUAUGGGAAUCGUGCGACCAUCAUUUCAGAAACGUGGAAAAGAUUAUACAAAGUAUGCUACGUCGAUUCGAUGUGCACGGUCUGAUCAGACGACACAAACUGUUAAUGUACAUUAUUUGAAAGAUGGGAAUUGUAUGUUUAGUUUUCGGUGGAGAAAACAAGAAUAUAUGGUUCCAGUGAUGCUAAUACUUAAAGCUCUGGCAGACGUUUCAGAUAAAGCCAUUUUUGAUCGAUUAGUGCAAAAUGAAACAUCAAAUACGUUUUUGACAGAUCGGGUAGAACUUUUGCUUCGGUCUGCCAAAAAUCGGGAUCUUAUAGAUCGGGAAGAUUAUCUGAAAGUUUUAGGAGAAAAAUUUCGCAUAGUGUUCAACUCACCACGAUCAUUCUCUGAUUCAAAGGCUGGCGAUUUUCUCUUGGACAGAAUUGUGUUGGUACAUCUAAAAAACAAUCAACAGAAAUAUGAUUUAUUGAUAUUUAUGAUUCGUAAACUAUAUGCAAUGGUUGCUGGAGAAUGUUCUCCUGACAAUCCUGAUUCUCCUGCAAAUCAAGAAAUCCUAUUAGGUGGACAUUUAUAUGGAAUGUUAAUCAAAGAGAGACUUCAAGACUACCUCCAUGGUUUGCGUGGAGAAUUUUAUAGACGUUUUCGGCUUUCCAGAAAGGGGACAAUAGUGGAUACUAUUAAUCCACAUUAUGUAGGCCAAAUUAUGAGUAAAAUAAAACAUGACACAGUUGGACCAAAGAUAGCGCAUUUUUUAGCAACUGGAAAUCUUGUGUCAAUCUCUGGGAUGGAUUUGUCACAGUUGAAGACGACCACUAUACGUAAACUUUUACCGGAAGCUUGGGGAUUCAUAUGUCCAGUGCACACUCCGGAUGGUGCCCCAUGCGGCCUUCUAAAUCAUCUUUCUUCAAGCUGUCAAAUAAUCACUUAUCCGACAAAUACCUCGAAGUUAUCCAAAAUACUUUACACGAUUGGUGUGCUAGAUUUAUCAUAUUCAGGAAACCUAGGCAAGGAUCAAAAAAUUAUGCAC